AUGAGUCCUCCAGCAUCAUUCACAGACAAGCUCGCUCUUGGCGAAGCAAAGAGAGGAGAGAACAAGCGCAGAGUCAUCGUCACUGGCGGCAGUGGCAAGCUCGGUCGCUCAACAGUCAGAUAUCUCGCUGAUGAGGGUUGGGAGGUCAUCUCGGUCGACACUCGUCGCCCUCCUGGUAUCAGCGAGGAUGGCAAGUCAGGUCUCGGAGGCGCAUACCGCCUGGUAGAGAUCGACCUCGAGGACAUGGGAGCUGUGAUCGAGACAUUCCUCACAACCACCAACAGCUCUAGACAGUUCCGUACCAACACGAUGAGCACAUACAACGUUCUCGAAGCUUGUCGCAAGCUCAAGAUCAAGAACAUCGUCCUUGCAUCCUCCGAAACACUCAUCGGCAUCCCCUUCGACCCUCAUAUGCCUGAGUCGCUGCCUAUCACAGAAGAGCAUGAGAGAAGACCAGAGUCGGCAUACUCAUUGUCAAAGUUGGUCGGCGAGACACUGGCAGAGCAAUACGCAAGAUGGGACCCCGAAGUCAAGAUCAUCUCGCUGAGAUUCAGCAACGUCAUGCUUCCAGAGGAGUACAAGACCUUUGAAUCCUGGCAAGACGACCCGAUGAAGAGAUACUGGAACUGCUGGGGAUACAUUGACGCCAGAGAUGGUGGUCAAGCCGUUUCCAAGUCGCUGGACAGCAAGACCAAGGGUCAUCAUCAGUACCUGAUUGCCGCUGAGGAUACCUGCAUGAGACAAUCGAAUGACGAACUCGUCAAGAAGGCCUUCCCUGGUGUCAAGUACAAUGCUACCUCAGGCCCCAACGAUACCUUGCUUUCUAUUGACAAGGCCAAGAAGGAGAUCGGCUUCAAGCCGGCAUACAAGUGGCAGGACCAGUUGUAG